GGCCCUUGCCCUGCCGCUGAGCGAGCGAGCCACCCGGCCGACAGCCUGUGACCCCGGCGCGACGCCUGAGAGCCGCAGCGAGCAGCAGCGUCUGCCACCGCCGACGUCAUGGGCUGCGGACAGAGCACCGACUCGGCCUUCUCCAACCGCGGCUCCAUCUCCAGCUUGAAACCGUACCCGCAGCAGAGUUCCGUGGAAGACUCGGGUGCAGCGCAUGGAAAUGGUGUCGGACCUGAGCCGGUGGUGGACCGCGAGACGGUGGAGGAGUACCUGCAGACGGAGCGGGAGAUCGGAGAGGCGCGUCGCGCGGACCCGCAAGUGCUCUCCCAGCUGGAGAUGAAGACGGAGGCGCUGGACAAGAUGACGCAGAAGGUGGAGCGGCUGGAGCGGGAGUAUGGUGACCUGCAGGCGCUAGCAGAAAAAGAGAAGGCCGAUGUCGAUCAGCUUGAAAAGCCGGAUGUGAAAAAAUUCCUAGUCGAACAAGGAAAACUUGAGGAAAAAAUGACCAAAGAGCAGGAGGAGUACAUUGACGCGUUGCAGAAAAAGGAGAUAGCGAAACAGGCACGUGACGAGGCCGUGAGGCAGAAGGAGAACAUCCAGAAGGAGGUGGACCAGCUGCAAAGCAAGGCGGCUAGGCUGCAGAACCUGUACACCAAACAAGACGCCCUCCUAAGUAAAAUAUUCGGCGGAGAGUACGGAAGUGACUUGGAAAACAAACUGGAGGAGGAGCUGGACGCCCUGGAGGCUCAGAAGGCCCGAAUCAUGGAGGCCAACUUCAAGUGGCGCCAGGCGCAGAUGAUGAUGGAGUUCGCCUGCAGGCAGCUGGCCGUGGCUGUGCAGAAGUGGCAGGACCUGCCCGAUAUCCCAGACACGAGCCUGGAGGUCCGUUACACGAUGGCGGCCGAGGCUAGGAACAACCUAGUAGCCGCCUCCCAGAACAUCGAGGGCGCUCACCGCUAUCUCAGCAACGUGGAGUUCCCGUACUGCAACCCGGAUGAAGUGGACACCCUCAACAAGGCCACAUCGUACGUGUUCACCGACAUGCAGUCGGAGGAGCGGCACAGCCACGCCGGCCAGUGCUAUGAGAUCACCCACAAGAGGGCCGCCGCGCUGCUGCAGUGGUUUGACCAGGUACUGACGACAACAAUCAUGGAAGAUCUGGCGCAGGUCAACAAACGCGUCAAAGAGACAUCUCUGGCGCUGCGUCAGGAGCGAAUCCGUCUGAUCAAGCUCAAGGCCAAGGAGAUCUGGGGUGCCGAUGUGGACGUCGACAUCGACGCAGGCGUCAGCGCCGACGACGAGGACCUGAACGCCAUGAUGAUGCAGGGCGUCAGCGACUCGGAGGUGGCGAAGACGGAGGAGACGGCGGACGGACCAAGGGCCAAGACGCCACCGCCGCUGACCGCGGAGGAGAUGGCCCCGAUGCCCUCCAACGAGGCCAUCUUCGGCCUGUCUUACGAGCAGUUCAAAGAGGACCUGGACAACAUGCGCGAACAGCACGAGACGGAAGUAGAUCACUUCAUGCGCGGCCAGGAACGACAGGCAGACAAAAUCCGUGGAGACCUGGAGGCGAAGCUGAACGCCCGCCGGCGAAACCGCGCCAUGCGCAACCUGGAGGAGCGCCAGAAGCGGGAGCUGGCCGCCGGCGCCGCCGUCAGCUAGGCUUGACGUCAGCGCGGCGGUCGGCCAAUCAGCGACGGCGACCGUCUGACGUCAGUGACUCGCCGUCACCCGGGCACGUCGCGACAGCGGACGAGUGACGCCACGGGCUGGAGGACGGGCUUGAGGUGCAGCCCCGCUGGGAGUGCCUGUGUCUCGGAGUGACAACCACGAGCAGGGACUAAGCCGGCGCGGAUCGCCUCGUCCUGGCUGGUCCGCUGUGGGCGUUCGAGCAGCAGCUGGUCUUCGAUCUGCUUUCUCGGUAGCACUGGACGCUUAGAAAGCAUGUUAUUGGAUAUGUUUAUCACCAAUCACGGACCACUACUGGCGCAGCUGUAACAUGAACAGUGUCCAUCUCAUCAUUUGCGGCUUAUUAUCGAAAAUAACUUGGUAUCAGCUGAGAAGAAGACGAAAAAGAAGAAGAAGAAAAGGUGUUGUUUUCCGGUGUGUUGCCCUGAUUUGGGCGCCUAGAAAUUAGAAUACUAAGUUUUGCCUUUGCUUUAGAAGGUCUAUUUUAUUGACACUAAUUGACUGUGAUCAAUCAGGUUUUUCACUAUAUUCGUCAUUUCAAAAGAGGACCCAGCCGGUCUUCAGGACUCUUCAAAUAAUAAAACCGACAAAAUGAAAGAUGCUGCCGCAUAUUCAGGGACAGCGGUUGUUUCAAAGCAUAUGCUUCCUGGCAGUUUUCAGAAUUGCAUGAUUAGGCGUUGUUACACUUUGGUUCAGCAUUUUUUCCGAGGUGAUAGCCACCCUCAACUGAACAUCCUUAACAUGGUAUUAAAAAACUUCUCCGCCAAGGGGUACGUGACCAGUAAAAACACAUGAAAUUGUUUGUUGGAACUCCAAAGUCUCGUAUCACAGCAACUGAGCAAUGGAGGCGGUGUUUCCCUUGUUUUAAUGGACCCCACAUCACGUAAGUGCAAAAACUGCGCAUAAGUAGAACUCGCUUGCUGUAGAGUUGAACUAAGUCACAUAUAGGUUUUACAUACCGCUCCUGGUUUUCGCGCACAAUAGUCACAAUGUCCGUGGAAACUGUGGGUGCUUCGUGCUGACAGAUACAGAGGAGAAUCCCAUAAAAUAUUGAUAUUGCAAAAUAAUAUGCACACAAUGAAUCGGAUCAACCACUGCAUGCAGAGAUCGAAAUGCUUUCCUUUACAAUGUAAUUCAUCAUACAACAUCAUUAAGCUAUUCAGAUACCACGAAAAAGCACAAGGGCUUUUCUACCCACGCUGACAAAGUAAACGCCGCUGUAAGCAUGGGUAGAUCACAUGCUCACAAACUCAAUCUGUACCAACCUUUCAAAAAUGUAUUUGCACGCAUGCACGCACAAGGCACGAUAUGUUCACUUCAUCUAAAAAAACGUUGAUAAAAAUACUGUAUAUGCUACCCAACUCGUCAGGGCCUGUGAUAUAGUGUACAUACUGGGCAGCUUGAGUCCUUCGCCUCUUACGAUGUCGUACGUGCCUUGGAUAUUGCCAAACGUGCACUAGUUUACUUACUUAAGGAGUAAGUGCACUUAAAGAGAGUAUUGCACCAGUUCCUUACCACCAUGUUACCUACCGAAUGAGUGCCGUUUCUUGUCAUGUGCGUACUUUCUCACCUUGUGACAUCGGAAGCCCGCUCGAUUUCUCCUGCGAAGGCAGCAGCUUCAGACGAAGGGUCCACUAUGGAACUGCACCAGACGGAUACGGAGACAUAACCGAUACGGAUACAUUAAGUCUUUCGGCUGCCUUCUCCCUAUCCUUCUGAUGAGCCUUCGCGGGAUCAGCGCCUUCUGAGAGCUCGUGCGCAGCUGACCGUCAUGUGCCUCUCAGAAGGGAGCUGCCGGCGCCUGUCGUGGUGGUUGCGUGAUCGUGUGGGCCCGCCGCGUGUCACCGGUCCCUUGUUAUCACGGGCGGACAACAGCGACGUCCACUACCACAGGUUCCCACGUCCAGAACGCACCUGCCUGCUCACGAGAGCAGCACGACCCGUGCGAACGCAAACGACUGCGUUUUAUCAGGUGCACGGGAGCUGAAAGCCUCUGGCCGCGGCGCAGCGCCUAUCCCACGGCUCGUGGCAGAGCCGGGCGCACGUGUGCCUCAAUCAGGGAGCGCGCCGGUCCAGUCCGGAAGUACAGCGACACCGCCGGGUCGUCUGCUCUCACUUCUUGUCAGGUCUGCACCGGCGGAGCCUGUCUGUAAUCGUAGCAUUAGAUC